AUGUGGAACUGGUUUUCAAGAACGAAGCAAGUUCCCCCCAAGACCGAGGCCGAGACGGUCAUCCCAUUACACAGCUGGGAUAUCGGCGAUCACAACCAGGUGUACUCCCAGGUCCUGACAUUCCAGUUUGAUGCAGUGUUGGACCAACAAGUGCUUGAAGAUGCCUUUCAAAGGCUACUGCAGACUGGAGGCUGGAGGAAAUUGGGAGCGCGGCUUCGAAAAAACGACUCGGGCCAGCUUGAAUACCAUAUCCCCAGUGGUUUCAGCGAGGAGAGACCUGGUGUUCUCUUCACCAGCACCAAGCAUGAUACGAAACUUCAAAAUCACCCAGUGUUCCGCCAUUUGCCGCAGGGAACACGUAAACCAAGCAUUUUACCAGAGUCUACGAUGGACUUACUCCCAUUCGUCACAUAUCCAGGCUCUCCCAGGACAAUAGACGACUGGCUAGGCGCAGACAUACCCCAGCUGGCCAUCCACACGGUGACAUUCGAGAAUGCCACGCUCCUCACCAUGACCUAUCCCUGCACACUCACAGACGCUACUGGAACGGCUGCAAUUCUCCAGGCGUGGGCUGCAACCAUGCGCGGCAAGACGGCAGAGGUGGUCCCGGAGUUCGCAGGGUUUCGCGAGGACCCGCUAGAGCGUGUAGGUGAAACAGGAAACCCGGACCAGUUUGUCCUUUUCAAAGACAUCCUGUCAACAUGGGGAACUGUGGUUUUUGUUGUUCGGGACCUGUGGGACCAGUUCUGGUACCCUGACUAUGAAAAACGCCUUCUCUGCGUCCCUGGAGAGUUCUUGACCCAGAUGAGGACGGACCUCAUGCAGGAGCUAGGCGACGAUCUGCCCGACGGGAAGGAUCCAUUUAUUAGCGAAGGUGAUGUCUUGGUCGCCUGGUGGACAAGGAUGGCCGCUGAAGCCCACGGAACGGCGCCCGAUCGUCUACUGGCGUUGCUAAACAUCAUGGGCGUACGGUCGCUUUACCUUCCAGCCCGUGACGGCAUAUACAUUGGCAAUGCCGGGUUACCGUGUUAUACCUUGCUUCCUGCGGGAGAAGCCUGUACAAUGAAACUCAGUGCACUCGCAUGGCGACUUCGCCAGUGUCUCACCGUGCAGCGAGAGAGAGAGCAGAUUGAAGCUCAUGCCUCCUUGAUGAAGAGGGAUGGCCAUUUCCCUCUUAUUGGAGAUCCAACAAUGGAGCUGUUUACCUUUUCGAACUGGCAUAAGGGAAAGUUCUUCAACAUCGACUUCUCUGCAGCACGUAUGGAAAGAGACGGUGACCUUUCACCUGCCUGCAGCCCAACUUGCAUCGUUCAAAAUGUUCAUGUCCGCGGUGAUAAGCCCUUACGGUUUACGGGAGCAGUCAUUGUCGGAAAAGAUCCACUGGGGAAUUGGUGGGUUGAUACGUGUAUGCGAAAGCAGGCCAUGCAGAUGUUGCAAAGACAACUGGACGUAAAUAUUGAGGACGAUCCCGCAUAA